AUGGACGAUAUCAAGCUGGCGAAGUGCCGCAGGACACACAAAUCAUGUAUAUUAAUAUAUACCAGCAUCCUGGUGAUCGAGGCCAUCGAUUACUUCCUGCAGCAGUCGGAUCAUGCCCAGUCCAUCGAUCUGUGCAUCUACCAGGCUUGCCUGAUCAAACAGCUGGCCAACUACGGCAUUGAUCCUCGUCCCAGUCUGCAGUGCUUGCUUCGCGUAUUGCAUGCGACUCGGGAGCAUACGCGGAAUCACUACCAUGUGCUCUUGGUUCUGCUGGCUGAAGUGCUGCACGUCUUGUCCCCCUUCUACUUGGCCGACUUGCUGCGGAUCAUUGUCUUCGUGGUCGUGCAGGAGCGCUGUGGCCAUGAAUACAUUCUGAACAUGUGUCUGGAUGGCAUCAUUCAGUGGAUGUCUCAGACUGCAUUCAUACACGCCGAGGGGCUGGCUCUGGCUAACCAGAUAGUGCAGCGUGUGCUCGACCUCCAACAGUCGGAUGAGGGCGAGCGGAUAUCCACCAAGCAACUGAAGCCGGCCCACAUGCGCAACUAUCAUCCGGACAUUGCGAUUGCAUUUGAUCUGGCCAAUCUUGUGGAGUCGUUCGAUGCCUCCGAGAAUCAGGAUGUUUUCGCCUUUGUCGACGCCCUAAAUGUCAAGUCAAACACGGUCUUCUGCCAGCGCCUCCAUCUCUUCUUGCGCGCCCUCUUUCUGUCCCGACAACCGCCCGUUGACUGCUGGUUCAAGAUCUACGAGGUGAUUCUGCAGACCAUUAAGGUAAACGAGGGCAUCGCCUACGACUUCCUCAUGACCUACAUCUUCAAGCUGGCCCACGAGAACAAUCCUGAGCUGCAACUGGAGUUGCUUCGAGGUCUGCCCCAUUUUGCCGUAUCCAAGGACAACGUGCCCAUGAUUCUGAACACCAUUCGAAAUCUGUCCACCGAGAAUGUUACCUUCUGUGUGGACCUGUAUCUACGACUGUGGCGCGUGGAGUCGCGCACCUAUCUCUUCCUGCUGAAGCAAGUGGCUCAACCGCUGCCGGAGGGCGAUAAGCGCUGGGAGCUUCAAGUAGCCCGAGCACAUGCCAUGCGGGAAAUCUGCCAGGAAAAGCCAACAUUGCAUGGAUCGGAGCUGCUACCUCACCUUAGCAAUACGUUAAACAGCUGCACCGAUGAAUCGGGCGAUCUGGCUACGUCUCUGGCGUUGGAUGCUCUUUAUGCCUUGUGUGACAGCCACACUGUCAAUAUUGCUUCCACCUGGCACGCUCUGGGCAGCAAGUUUCGCGGCGAACAGCGUCCACAGACCCUUAGGUCUCUGUACCAUUUCUAUGGCUUGGUUCCGCUGCUGCAGACACCCACACUGGAGUACGAGAAAGUUGCGGAUGAUGCCCUAGAGCAGCUGUGGCAGGCCAUCAGUCGACCGGGAACAGAUGCGGCACAGGUUCGCAAUGCUCUGGCAGCCCUAAAGAGCUAUGAGCCAGGAAGCACGCUCAACCUGCAGCACAUUCCGGCUCAGUUUCGUUUUGAGAUUGUCGGUGGAGCAGUGGGAGGACUUAGGGGCCGAGAGGUGGUGAAUCUGCAGAAAGAGACCGUCCCCGGCGAGGUGUGGGUGCAGCCACUACAGAAGAUUCGCCCGGAAUGUGGAGAUGCAGCAGCUGAUCUGAUUUCCCAUCACAUAAGCAACGAAAUAAACGGCUUUCGGAGCGGAGUCUACCGCCUGCCCGAGGGCAAGCCGGAGCCACGCAAGCUAGUGGGUUUGUUCGGGACCCUCCCGCUCCGUGCAGUAACCAACUACAUGGUGAGCCAGGCCCGCUUUGGAGACUACGUGUCAGAGCCCUAUGCAGUGACCUUUGCCCUCAGGGCGCUGUCCAAUAAAUUUCCCAAGCCGAUACCACCGCUCGAUUGGAGCUGCUUGACGAGCUUCUUUCACCUAUCCUUCGAUGCGAGGAAGUACUGCAUCAUGAUAGCCAAGAAUCAGGCGUCGAGCUCAGGCACAGCGAAGCGUUUGCUAGAGAACUUCCUGGUAGAAUUCGAGCCUGAUUGCUUCGAGGAGGAUCUGCUGUUACUGUUCUCACUGCUACCGGAGAUCGCCAGCAACGUGGGCCUUCAGAUCAUAAAGAACUUUGCCGAGAAAGUGGCUGUCUAUUGCUUCAAAGAGUCACAGAUAAACGACUUUGUCGAGGGAUGCCUUUUUGAAAAGUUUUUGGACAGCGUCAAGUACAUUUUCACGGGAAAGUGCGACCUACCACCCGAAGUGUUGGAUGUUUUCACACUGAUUGUAGAGCGCUACAUGGACUCGAUGAAUCUGGACUCGAGGCUGUUUGAGCGCUACACAGAGGUGGUGGCCGUUUUGCAUCCGAAUGCCAUCGACGGGCUGACCACGCCCGCCAAUUGGUGGGAGACGCCCAUAGGCAAGCUAAAAAAGGCCACCAUCAUCCGAUGCUAUCUGGUGCUGUAUAACGAGAAGUUGCCCAACCCACUCAAAUGGCUGACGCCCAUUAUUGAUGCCUACGAGAAGCGCACGGAGGAGCGCUCCUUCUUCUAUCGCCACUUGGCUGCCACUCUGUAUGCCUUUGGAAGCGAUGAACAUGCCUGUAACUGGAUCAUGGAAAUAUUCCUGGAGAUCCAGAUGCUGCUGGCCGAGGCCUCCAACAAGGAGAAGGUUAACAGGGCACUCUAUCUGCUGGACAUCUUUGUUCUGGCCGUGGAUGUGCUCUCCGGCUGUGCCGUGCUGCUGGGCAGUGUCGAUGUGGUGGCCACAGACGAUAAGCAGCGACUCAAUCUCUUUCCCGAGAGCUUGCAGUAUCUGUGCGACCACAUAUUCUGGAAGGACCAUGAAGCAAAGGUCUAUGAAUUCCUAUUUAAUCUAUAUAAGCACAGCUCCAUGCCGUCGGACUAUGCAGACGUAUUCAAGGAGGCAAUCAUUUGUUCCCGGAACAAACCAUACUUCGACCACAAAGGUGUCUGGACCAAAUACGUAGGCCUGCGUAAAUGAACACGACGAACACACCGCAUUUAACACUCCAACCCACGCCUAAAGUGCACUUACUGGUUAACGAUCACCGAAUACCGUCAAUGUUAGUCAUCUUUUGAUAGCAAACGCAUUCUUUGUUAUUUAUAUGUGUUUAAAGAACAUUAAAUGCAUUUUUGCGCACAGUAUUUGAA